ACACCCCCGCGGGCUGGGCCCAUGUAAACAGGAUACGGGUUUGGGGGGGGCCCCAGCAUCGCCCCGUCCCGGUGCCAGCUCCUCGCCCCCGGCACCGCUCGGUGGCACCGAGGGGGCACCGGGUGGCUUCGGCUCUGCGCAGGCUGCCGAGGGUCAGGAUGCUGCGCGCUGCCCACCCCACCGCCACCCCGCAGCCCUUCACCCGGCCCCGCUGAGCCCCCCCCGGCAUGCUGAGCCCUGCCCGCCGCCCCCCCUCAGCCUGACCCCGCACCCAUGGGUGCUCCCAGCACCCAUGGCGCUGGAGCUGGGCGCCGAGGCGCUGCUGGACCUGAGCUUCCUGACGGAGGACGAGCGCCGUGCCAUCGCCGAGGUGCUGCGCCGGGACUCGCAGCUCCGCCGGCGCGAGGAGGGGCGCAUCAGCAAGCUGCGCAAGUCGGUGUCAGACCCGGCCCGGCUGCGGACCCUCACCGGGGACUGGUUCUGCGACGUGCGCGCCCAGCGCCACCGGCACCACCUGGGCUCUGACCUCGUCCGCGCCUCCAUCCGCCGCAGGAGGCGGCCACGGGGAGCAGGGGACCCGGAGCGUGGCCCCAGCUUGGGCGAGCUGGAGGCAAUCGGCGAGCCGCUGGUGGAGGAGAAAGAGGACGAGGAGGUGGCGGUGACAGAGGAGAGCCCCUCUGAGGACGGAGCCCAGGCAGAGCCCCAGCCUGGCCCCACAGCCCCGGCACCGGAGGGGACACCGGGGACACCGACCCAGCAGGUGGAGGUCCCAGAGAGGGAGCAGGAUGGGCAGGGACCCCCAGGUGACAGAGUGGACGGGAACCCCUUCGGCACGGCCACCGUGGAGGAAGAUGAGGAGGAGGAGCCUGAUCCUGCCCGCAGCAGCCCUGGGGCUGGGCAGGGGCCGGGGACCCCCCCACCAGGCCGUGCGUCCCCGCAGAACGGCCACGUGCCCCCCAGCAGCCUGCUGACCGCCAGCUCCUCCGUGUCCAGCCUCAGCUCCUCCACGCUGAGCGGCAGCCUGAUGAGCCUGUACAGUGACGGGGAGCUGGGCAGGGUGCCCGUGCGGGGCUGCGUCCAGUUCUCGCUGCGCUACGAGCCGGCCACGCAGGAGCUGCAGGUCCACGUGGUGCGCUGCCGAGAGCUGGCCGAGGCCAAGAAGCAGCGGUCGGACCCGUACAUCAAAACCUACCUGCUCCCCGACAAGUCCAACCGCAGCAAGCGCAAGACCACGGUGCGGAAGCGGAGCUUGGACCCCAUCUUCAACGAGACCCUCAAGUACAAGCUGGAGAAGAGGGACCUGCAGGGCCGGACGCUGAACCUGUCGGUGUGGCACCACGACAGCCUGGGCAGGAAUCUCUUCCUGGGCGAGGUGGAGAUCGCGCUGGGCGCCUGGGACUGGGCCAACACGCGCCCCGAGUGGUUCACCCUGCAGCCCCGGACGCCCUUCGCCCCGGACGGUCUCUCCAGCCGAGGCAACCUCAACCUGGCGCUGAAAUUCAUCCCCGCCGGCUCCGAAGGAGCGGGGCUGCCCCCCACGGGUGAGCUGCACAUCUGGGUGAAGGACGCGCAGGGCUUGGUCCCGCUGCAGGGCAGCACCGUGGACGCCUUCGUGCAGUGCUACGUGCUGCCCGACGACAGCAAGGCGAGCCGGCAGAAGACGCGGGUGGUGAAGCGCAGCCUCAGCCCCCUCUUCAACCACACCAUGGUGUACGACGGCUUCCAGCCCAAGGACCUGGCCGAGGCGUGCGCCGAGUUCACCCUCUGGCACCACGAGGCUUUCUCCAAGAGGCAGCUGGGCGGCGUGCGCCUCAGCCUGGGCACCGGGAGCAGCUACGGGCUGCCCGUGGGCUGGAUGGACUCGACGCCGGAGGAGCGCGCGGUGUGGGGCCGCCUGCUGCAGCAGCCCGGCUGCUGGGUGGAAGCGCUGCUGCCCCUGAGGACCAACCUCGUCCCCCGUGCAUAGCUCCCACCCCCCGGGGACAGUUUCGGCGGGGGGGGGACAGGACUGAGCUCCCCAACGAACCCCGCGUAGGGGCUGGGGUCUGCGCCCCCCCUCCCCUCCCUGCACUUUUGGCUGCAAUGAAGCGGCAGCGGACGGCA